AGGACCACCGAGAGACGAGGCCACGCACGCGCGCGAGCCGCAUCAGGAGCGUGUGAAGGUGCGCGACGAGGUCCAAGGGCGGGCGGCCAUUGGUUCGUCGGUUCGAACGAUCCAUCGCUCGUACCUUUCCCAAUAGAUGUACAAGUCCAGCUGCCUGCCCGCCCGCUUCUCUGGACGUCACCUCGCCCUGCAAUUUUCAUUCUCCCUUGUACAAUUUAGAAUGUUGAUGGCUUUUAAUCAAGAACAACAAUGGGAGGGCAGUGUUUUCGAAAGGUUGGGUGACCCAAACUUUCCCAUUGUUUUCUUGGGUCACUCGUUUGGAUCAUGAGGGAGAUCAUAAUGAAUGAGAUGAGGCGGCGAUGGCCGCUGAAGAAGCAAGCUUCUCAUCCCUGUCACAUGGCAUUUUGUUGUGUGGCCUUUUGUUCUACUGAAAGGAAGGUCAUAGAAGGGAGAAGGGCUUUUCGCGAUUGGGCAUUAGGGCUUACCGCUGCCAGUGCUUUCCGGUACUGUAAUUGUUGCCUUGGGUUGACGCUAAAUCUUCUUCUUCGGUGUUUGGAUUCGUGCUAAUGGUCAGCACCACUGGUCAUGGAGCUGUAGAAAUGGUUUGCUGUGGUUCCAAGUACUCCAAGGGAGAGGAAUGAAAUAUUUUUCUUGGAUUAAAGAAGUGUAUCGAUCACAACUGUACGUGAGAAGCGGAGGAUGUGAGAUUGAGGAGAUGAAUGAGCAAAGCUCCAGUUCACGAUGUGCCGAACAUGGCGAGAUACGGCGCUCAUGAUGCAGCACGGACUUCGCUCCCAGUGAGGAGCGUCUGUUCGUAGCCACCAUAGGUAUCCCGACAAUGCCUUCCCCGGUGGUUCCCGGCCCGCGAACUCAGCGGUGCCAGAGAGGCUUUGGGCCAGCCAACUUUGCCAUUAACUCUGCGGGAUGAGAUCUGCUG